GAAGAAGCGGCGGCGCUCAGCAAUGGCGGUGAUCGAGUGACACAUACAAACAAUCCGCUGUAAAAUUGAACGUUGGCGUGAUUAUCAUGAAUAUCCUCAUGUUAUAGCAGCUGUCCUAAGUCUGUGUGUGGUAUUAAGGACACUCGUGUCUCUGUGCUGGAGUCUGACACUGGUGACGGACAAACGGUGAGCAGACUGAGCAGCUUCUUCUUCUCAUUGUUGGAACACUGAAGUCGUUUCUUCGGAAAAAGAAAGAAAAAGAAAAGAAAACCGGUGACGUUUUCUCAAUAGCGACGAUGCCGCUGGGUUUGAAACCGUGCUGCGCUGUUUGCAAGACGAACUCCUCGUCCAUGUGGAAGAAAGGAAACCAGGGAGAGAUUCUGUGUAAUAACUGCACAGGGAAGAGCUGCAGCAGCAGCGGCGGCGGUGUUGGUGUUGGCGGCGGCUGUGGUGCAGCUACAGCCGCUGCAGGACCCUCCAUGUCCUCCAGCACUCAACCCAGCAAUGGCGGAGCCAAACAGAGCAAGCAGGAGAUCCACAGAAGGUCAGCACGCCUGAGAAGUACCAAGUACAAAGCUCCUGCAUCUGAGAAGAAAGUGUCCACAAAAGGAAAAGGAAGACGACACAUAUUUAAACUCAAAAAUCCAAUCAAAGCACCAGAAUCUGUGGCAACAAUCAUCACAUCAGAAUCUGUAUUUCACAAGGGUGUUUAUUACCAGACAGGAGAUGUCAUCAAAGUAACGGAUGAAGAGGAUGGGAAGUCGUACUAUGCUCAGAUUCGAGGCUUUGUUCAGGACCAGUACUGUGAAAAGAGUGCAGCACUGACCUGGUUAAUUCCCACCCAGGCCAGCCCAAAGGACCACUUUGAUCCUGGGACAUACAUUGUUGGCCCAGAAGAGGACUUACCCAGAAAGAUGGAGUACCUAGAGUUUGUGUGCCACGCCCCCUCUGAAUAUUUCAAGUCACGGAGCUCUCCGUUCCCCACCAUCCCAGUCCGACCGGAAAAAGGCUACAUCUGGACCCACAUAGGACCAACGCCAGCCCUCACUGUCAAAGAGUCGACGGGUGGAAGCAGUUAGCAGCACUCUGAAACGGACUAACUCUGUUGCUCUCAAACAGACUUGUACAUUUAUGUAACAUAAAAACAAAAAUGGCUGUCGACCACAGCCAUUUCUACAGAUUAAAGAUGAGCUGCAGUUUGACACUGAAGAAACCCACGUUUCAGAAAAGUUGUUAACACAGCUGCAGUGUUGGAUUAUAGGUUUUGUAUUUGGUAAUAAACAAAAAACAUCUUG